AUGGAUGAUAAGGAUGAUUCAAGGUUUUUCCCAAAAAUUACUGGUUUGAAGGAUCAAAAUGAGUAUUGUUCCUCACUUUACUCUAAGGUUUCAGAACUGGGUUCUAUGUAUCCCAGGGCUGUUAUUUCAUAUCCUGGUGAUGAGGAGGGAAUUUUAGAAGAUGAAGAAUCAGGGGAUGAAAAUGUAGGAAUCAAUGGGGUUAGGAUGAUAGAGAAAGAUACCUAUGUGGAUAAUGGUGCUGAUGUCGAGGAAGAGGAUGAGGAAGAGGAAUUCGAUGAUUCUGAUGAUGAGGAGGAGGAGGAGGAGGAGGAUGAUAAUGAAGGUAUUGGCAUUGGAAGGCCACGAAAGAAGCGAAAGUUAAGAACCCUAAUAUCGAAUUAUGAAUUUGCUCCGCGUCUUCCCACCCCAUCGGUUGAGAAGGUGUUGAAAUCUCCGCCAUCAUGUGGUGGGAAGACUUCAGUGGAUGAUUGGACUGAUAGAGAGACAUUCGCCUUCUUAGAUGCGUGGGGAGAUUGGUUUGUUAGACUAGGAAGGACGAGCCUUCAUUCGACAGACUGGCUUGAAGUUGCAAAACAAGUAUCACGACAAACGAAUAUCGAGAGAACUGAUGCUCAGUGUCGUAAUCGAUUCUGUUUAUUGAGAAAGAAGUACAAAAAAGAGAAAACUCGGGUAUUAUCUGGUGGGAAUGACGAUAGCAAAUGGGUUUUCUAUAGGAAGAUGGAUAUGUUGCUGUCGUCUGCCCCAUCGCGACAAACUGGCCUUUCAUGUGGAGUUGAUUCGGGUGAAUAUGUGUUCAUGAACCCGAAUGUGUACUUGAAUUGUGCAAAUGGAUUGGACGAGAUGCGAGAUAGUCCCGAGUAUUCAGGUUCUUUGAAGGGCGAAGAGGAUGAUUCGGAUAAACUUCGACCUAACGAAAACAGAAAUAUAGGGAAAAAUUCAUGUUUUCGAUUGCUGGCUGAGUCUAUUAAUAAAUUCAGUGAGAUAUAUGAGAAAACUGAAAGUAAUAAGAGUAAGCAGAUGGUGGAGUUGGAAAACAUGAGGAAGGAUUUCCACAGGCAACUAGAUGCACAAAGGAGGCAGAUUUUAGAGAGAGCUCAGGCCGAGAUUGCAAGGAUACAACAAGCUCGUGAUUAUGAGAACGAUCUCUCGGGUGAAAAUCACAGCGGGUAG